AUGUUCAACACGUCCAAGAGCAUAGCAAGACGAACUGUCCAAUCAAGUAGGAGACUCAUACAUGAGGUUCCUCAUUUAAAGAACGGAAAACAGUUUGCCCAACAAGGUAUUGAAGGCUUAUACACACCCCAAGGGUUUCAAACUGGUUGGACUGAUUAUCAACGGUAUUUAACCACAAAUUUAACCUUAUUAACCAAUGGGACUGAAAAUGAAUUGAAAACUCCCUAUCAGAUUCUUUUAAACACUGCCAAACAAACUACAGAACAGCACGUGUAUCAUUUUGCAUCUCAAGCUCAUAAUAAUCACUUUUAUUUCGAUCAAUUGGCUGAUAAAAGUGAAGCAUCCAAAACUCAACCUUCGAGAUUAUUCUUUGAAAAAUUGGCCUCUUUAGAUCACUCCGAUUUAAAUAGUUUUAGAGAUGAAUUCUUGUUGGCAGCAGAUUCAAUGUUUGGCCAAGGUUGGGUGUUUUUGGUGGAAUUGCCUGAUAAGUCAUUGAAGAUUCUCAGAUGUCAUAAUGAUGGUACACCAUAUUACUAUGGUAAGAAUCAAAGCUUGGAUUUGAAUGGAGGGGUCGAUGAAGGUAGCUUUGAGUAUUUAAACAACAUCAAGAAAUUGGCUAAAAACUCUGCAAGGGAUUAUACCUUACCUCUUUUAGGUGUUAGUUGUUGGGAUCAUUCAUAUGUUAAAGAUUAUGGUCUCACAGGCAAAGCGGAUUACUUGACCAACUUUUGGGAUUGCAUUGAUUGGAGUGUCAUCAAUAAGAGAAUCUUUGAGGUUUAG